AUGAAGGAAGUAAAUGGAACAGUCAGCAAUAGCAAUAACCAGCACGACGACCCUAAAAUCCCCCUUUGUGUUUCUAGGGUGCCGGCAGAGGCUUGUGCCCAGAGGACUAAAUGUACACAGAAGUCCUCUUCACCUCAGCCACUGAUUCUCUCUAAACUGCUUUACCUAUUCAACCAUGAGGGUCUUGUUUUUAUCUUUGGAGUCCUUGCCUUGUCCAUAAUUCCUCCAGCCAGAAGCUCCUCUUUUAAUAUUCGAUGUCAUGGAAAAUAUUAUCAUUGCAAACUGAAGUGCCACGCUGAUGAAUAUGCAAUGAGAUACUGUCCUGACAACAACAUCUGCUGCAGAGUGAAGAAAACAAAAUUUGUGGGACAAACGAAGUGGUGA